GCUGCCAUCGCAACACAUUUACUGCCAUUUUAUCAUUGAAUUGAUUUCAUCUGACUUUCAGAUUGUCCUUAAGAUUAACCACAAAAUGAUUUCAAACAAAAUAUCCAAAUAUCCUUUGAAUGGAUUAGUCCUCAAGAGACUACUGAGUGGUCAGACGUCUCCCAAGCGAUCAGAAGCGGAGCAAUCGAGAGGACAACAGCUGAAGACCACAACACUUCCCAACGGUUUGGUCGUGACUUCGCUGGCAAAUCAGAGUCCGAUCGCAAGAAUUGGUGUUAUAGUGAGAGCCGGCGCCAGAUAUGAGCCGUUGGAUCAGUUGGGACUGACCCACACGUUGAGGUCGAUGGCAGGCUUCUCGACCCAAGACUCGACUGUCUUCGGCAUCACCCGAAACAUUGAAUACGUCGGCGGAUCACUCACUGCCCUCACCACCAGAGAUGAUAUGAUCUAUAUCUUGGAAAACGACUCGAGUUAUACGGAUCUGAACCUCAAGUACUUGUCGGACACUAUUAUGAAGCCGGCGUUCAAACGGUGGCAAAUCAAAGACAAUCUGCACCGACAACGCGUCGAUUUGUCUUACUUUAGAGAUAACCAACAACUGGUCCUCUUAGAGGCAUUGCAUUCGGUGGCCUAUAGGGGCGGACUCCGGAACUCCAUAUAUUCGCCGGACUUUAUGAUCGGAAAGCACUCAACGGAACAACUGUCCCGUUAUGUGGAUCAACACUUCGUCUCAAAUCGCACGGCUAUUGUUGGCUUUGGUGUUGAACACAACCAGCUCUUGGAACGGGUGGACAAGUGGUUCUCGAUGUCCAAAGGAGAUCGUGGCAAUAGUGGACAAUCCAAGUUCAUCGGCGGUGAGACCAGAGUUGACACCAAUUCGGAGGUGACUUAUGUGGCCGUCGCUGCUGAAGGAGUCGGCGCUAAGAACCAAAAGGAAGUCUUAUCUCUAUCUCUACUGCAAACCAUUCUGGGAACGGGUCCUCGCGUUCAGUCCAGUGAAGGAAAGCACACGAAAUUAGGUGAAGCGGUGGCCAAAACAACUUCAGAUCCGUUUGCUGUUUCCGCUUUCAAUAUUAGUUAUUCAGAUUCUGGUCUCUUUGGUGUUACGGUCGCCGCUUCGCCACAGGAUAUACACAAAGCAGUGAAGGCAGCCGUCACUCAGUUGAGGGCAUCCGCUAAGAGUAUUUCCGACGAAGAGCUCAAAAUUGCAAAACAUAGUCUGAAGGCUUCGACUCUUUUAGCCGCUGAAGACCCCAAUGUUUUGGUCGAAGAGAUCGCCACACAAUCACUGAAUGCCGGACAAGUGAUUUCACUUAAAGACUAUGAGAAAGCUGUCGAUUCGAUAACAGUUCAGGACAUCACCACUUUGGCCACUAAGAUCACCAAAUCCAAGGGUGCAAUGGCUUCCUCCAGUGAAGGAAAGCACACGAAAUUAGGUGAAGCGGUGGCCAAAACAACUUCAGAUCCGUUUGCUGUUUCCGCUUUCAAUAUUAGUUAUUCAGAUUCUGGUCUCUUUGGUGUUACGGUCGCCGCUUCGCCACAGGAUAUACACAAAGCAGUGAAGGCAGCCGUCACUCAGUUGAGGGCAUCCGCUAAGAGUAUUUCCGACGAAGAGCUCAAAAUUGCAAAACAUAGUCUGAAGGCUUCGACUCUUUUAGCCGCUGAAGACCCCAAUGUUUUGGUCGAAGAGAUCGCCACACAAUCACUGAAUGCCGGACAAGUGAUUUCACUUAAAGACUAUGAGAAAGCUGUCGAUUCGAUAACAGUUCAGGACAUCACCACUUUGGCCAAUAAGAUCACCAAAUCCAAGGCUGCAAUGGCUUCCGUCGGUCCCCUCCAAAACGCCCCCUAUUUGGAGGAUUUGCUCUAAUUGUCUGCUUUGACGUUAAUGUUAUGAUUUAGAAUUAGUUGUAAAUAAAUGCUAUAUUAUUUGAAUUUUAAAUUAAAGAUAUUAUAGAAAUAA